AUGAAAUUCUUAUUUGUUUUAUUAGGUUUAUUAUUAACCGUUGCUUUAUCAUCUGCUUUCCUAUCCAUAACAUUUGAUGCUGUUUGCUCAUGUAUCCCAAUCAAUGACUGUCAUGAGGUUACUUUAUCCCAAAAAGUUAUUGGUUCCUGGACUGACAGUCCAUGUGGUAAAACUUACACUCAAUAUGAUGUUACCAUUAAAAAUAACUUAAAUAGAGAUGUCAAAAAUAUUUUCAUUGGAACUGAUCACACCUUAAAUUUACGUGACUCAAGCUCAAUCUGGAAUAUUGUUCGUUUACCAAACGGUGUUUUAACCCUUCCAUCAUACCAACCAUCAAUCAAUGCUGGUGCUUCUUUCACUUUUGGUUUCAUUCUUGAAGGUACCAAAGCUGCUAAUUUAAAUAUUUUAGCUGUUACUUUUUAAAUAGUAAUUUCACUAAUUAAAUAAAAUUAUACAUUUUAUAUUAUUUUUAAUUU